UUUUUCAAGAUUCAUUGCUCUGUUUGUACAAAUGAGUUGUCAUAUGCGUGUCAUCGUGUGACAGACAACACAACACAAAAUAACAUAAUUAUGUAAAUAAUAGUCAUAUUAUUCAUACAUCAAACAAUAUGAUCAUAUCUUCAUUUAACAUCAAACAAUAUUGCGGUAAAAUUUCGCGACAACCUUUAGGGCUUGAUUAAAAAUCUUAAGACGAACAACAGAACGUGGGUGUAAUGAAUAAAAACUAUGCAGUUUAUAUAUGAAAAGAAAUCAUUUUCCAACCGACAAAUACCGGUUUGCCAUUUUGAAAAAUGUUAUAAUUUCGUUGGUUUUUCAAGUGCCAGCUCAAAAGACGAAAAAAUGACGCGCCAAGAAUAUACGGCUCCGCGCAUUCACCAAUUCAUGUAAUAUCUGUAACAAGUAUUUAUGGAAACGUUUAACGAAAUGUGAAAAAUUCAGGAUGCCACCAAAAAAAUCUACUGUCAAUUCAAAAACGCAAAGUAAGGCUGUAAAAAUAUCUGCACGAAAAUCAAAAUCAGUCACGAAAGACUUAGGCCGCCACGGUCCGGCGCAACCCACAAGAAAUGCAAAACCAGGACAAUCGCACAGGAAGGCUCCUUCCGUCAAGUCAGAGAGCAAGACAAAAUGGUCCAAAGAAGACCAGCAUGCUUUGGUCAUUCAAAAAGCAGUGAAAAGAUACCUCGCAAAAAGACAGUUACAAAGAUUGAGGAAGGAAAAGGAAGACUAUGAGAAUCUGAUGAUAAAAUUGGAAAAAGAGGCAUGGCUACAAAUGGUGCAACGAGAACGAGAAGAGGAGGAGAAAGAAAGGCUGAAAGAGCAAGAACAGAGAAAGAGAAAAGCCUUGGAGAUGAAGUGGAAGAAGCAGAUACUGGAAGCUUCCUUUGACGGUGAAAAUGAUGUGAUUGAAGCUGUAUUAAAUGAAGUGAGCUUGAAGAUGACAUCAAGCAGACAGAAUCCAAACAGGAACAGCUGGCCGAAAUGCGAAUUAAGUCUUGUUAAUUGUGAAGAUGCUAAUGGUAACACUCCAUUGUCGGAAGCCGCUGCUGGUGGACACAUUCAUACUAUAUCCAUGCUACUCCUGAAAGGAGGGGAGGUAAACUCAAGAGGGCAUUAUGACAGAACCCCUCUAUGGAGAGCUGCCUUUGCUGGUCAUCAAGAAGCAGUCCAGAUGCUUUUGGAACAUGGCGCCGAUCCCAGAUUACAUGCAAAUGACGGCACUUCACCGGAACAGGUCGCUGCAGUCGCUACUGUUGAACAAACUUUGAAAUCUUGGGACACAGAGAGGACGAAUGAAUUGCUGAAGAAACUCGAAGAAGAAAGAGAUAAAAAACGUGAAGAAGAAGAAAAACAUCGGAAAGAAGAAUGCAAUAAGCUGGAAGGAGAGAUACAAGUCGCCGAAAAAGAGAUGAAAGCAAGUCAAAUGCUGUUGGAGAAGAGUCAUUGCGAAUUGAAUCGACGUAUAUUUGAACACGAUAAGUGCAUGGCAACGGGUGACGAAAACAAAAUCAGCAUAACUUUACAGACGGUUCACGAUGCGGAAAAGCAGUUGGAAAAAACCAAAGAAAGAAGUGAAAAAGCUCGUCAGAAACUUGCCAAAUUGAAACUGAAACUACGAGAACAAAGAAAAGAGAUGGUAGCCGAUGAGGAUGAAGAUCACGAGGUAGUCGGGAUUAAGGUGUCCAUUAAAGAACUUGAUGAUGUCUUGAUGAAGGAUGUUGGCGGUAGAAUUGCUGAAAGUGGAAGAUGGCCUUUAGUGAUUGAUACUUCCCCGCAAACAUCGACAUUCCUACGUUAUCGUGACACUAAUUUUAUAAAUGCUUUGAAUCCACGCAACAUGGAUCCGGACGUCAUACGAAUUUCAUUACUAGGAGCCAUACGUUACGGUAAACCUUUGGUGCUGGACAUGAUGGCUGUUGAUAUGUUCGAUAGUCUCAAAAUAAAAUUUGACGACGUUGAAGAUGGUUUGUUGAACUUGAUUAUGACAAAGGAAAUAUUGAAAGACAAUAGAUUCCUUUCGUUAGUGAAGCCAGAAGAUGGCGAACAAUACAGUAAAACAGCGUUCCUCGGAGCAAGGAUUGAGAACUUUAAAUUCAUUAUAUUGACACAACUAUGGAAUCCAAGCAGCGAUUUGGUGAAGCAGACGUAUCCCUUAAAAGUCAUUUCAACAUCGAAGACCUUCUAGAUAAUUAAAUUCUAUCUGCCCUAGAAAUGUACAAUAUACUUGAGCUUUGUAUUGGAAUGUAAAUUUCUGAUGCGUGGAACUGAUUUCUGUACAGAUUUGAAGGUCGGUCAACUUAAUGUUUACCAAAUGCUUUUUUAUGUUUUAACAGGUCAAACAAGAUCGUGUAGUUACCAGGCCUCCUUAUUGAUCAUGAAUAAAAGCAGCAUAGUUUUCGUCCUGAAAA